AUGACACAAUAUCAAAGUGGAAGGUAUCUUUGCUCUAAAUUAACCGACCGGUGCCUCAGUGUUUCAUCUGCCAGCGAUUGGAGCACCCUAGCCUCAAAUUCAGAUAUGUUCCGAGGUGUGUCCGUUGCAACCGCACUGCGUGCACGGAAGAAAGAAAAUGUGCUUGAACUCGCGACCAUCAUCAGUUUCAAAAGAUCAAAGGAUUUGUUUUCCUUUGUGUUUUUGUCAAAAUUCUUGUUUAUUUUUAUAUUAUUAAAAAAUGUUGCAAAAGUAACAGAUAACAAAAUGAUAUCAUCAGCUAGUAAUGUUGAGAAGCAGCCAUUUAAAAUAAUCGAAAUACCUUUAACCAAAUUUAAAGACGAAGUUAUACCUCAUCACAGACAGACUUUCCAUAACUAUAAGGCUUCUAUUGAAAAGUAUAUCAGCGAGCAAAAUUCUGCGGAGAUUCAAAAAGAGCUACGGCAAAAAAGUAACGUAAACAAUCAACUAAAAGGUCUAAUUUACGAGUUGGAUGCUUUAAAAAAUCAAGUGCAAGAUUCCCAAAUUGACCAAUUUAACAAACAUGCCACACCAUUAAGAAAUCAAAUUGAAAACUUACUUAAAGAUUACUUAGAUCUGGAACUUGUAGCUAGAAGUAAGUUAAAGUAUUACACCGAUCAUAGCUUAGAGGAUGACACUGAAAAUCUGACUUUACAAAAUUGUCAGCUAGAGUUAGAAGACGACUUUAUCGAUUUAAAUGACGAAGAAAGGCAGUUACGGAGAAUUGAAGAUUUGAAUAGAGAUAUUCAAGAUGUUCACACCAUUUUUGAAAACCUUCAAGAACUCGUUGUAGAGCAGAAGGAGUCCGUCACGGAGGUGGAAAGGAAUAUAGAGUCUGCUGGGGUGAAUGUAAAAGAGGGCUUGGUAAACCUAAUCAAAGCGGCAAAAUUAAAGGGCGCUUCGUAUGUUGUUGCAGGUACUUGUAUAGGGACAAUGGUUGGCGGCCCCAUUGGAUCGGUUGCAGGAUUUAAAAUUGGAGCAGUUACUGCGCUUGGUUGUGGAAUUUUGGGUUAUUUAGGAGGAGAUUUCAUCAAGAAGAAGAAAUUACAACGAAUUCAAAAGACUGAAAUGGAAAUGAGCCAAAUAGAAAUGGAGAACAAAGCUGAUUGUGAUGACGAGGCGGGUGCAUCUUGCAAGAAAUUGCUGUGAUUUGUUUCUUGUCUGUUUGCUUAACUUGUAUAGUAAGAUUGUAUAUACUAUUUAAAGUGCUUUGUCCAUAAUUGAAUCUGUAAUUUUUCAUAUUUCUAGUAUUACAUUACAAAAUAAGUUAAUAAGU